AUGAAUAUUAGCCAAAUUAUUUCCUAUUGGGGCUACCCUGAUGAAGAAUAUGAUAUUGUAACUGAAGAUGGUUAUAUCCUUGGCCUUUAUAGAAUUCCUUAUGGGAAGACAAACAAUAAUAAAAAUCUAGUUCAGAGGGUUGUAUACUUGCAACAUGGUUUGCUUACAUCUGCCAGCAGCUGGAUUUCCAAUCUUCCCAACAAUAGUCUGGGCUUCAUUCUGGCAGAUGCUGGUUAUGAUGUGUGGAUGGGAAAUAGCAGAGGAAAUACCUGGUCCAGGAAACACUUGUACCUAGAAACAAAUUCCAAAGAAUUCUGGGCUUUCAGUUUUGAUGAGAUGGCAAAAUACGACCUUCCAGCUUCCAUUGAUUUCAUUGUGAAGAAAACCAGACAAGAGGAAAUAUUUUAUGUAGGCCAUUCACAGGGCACUACUAUUGGUUUCAUAACAUUUUCUACUAUACCAAAGAUAGCUGAAAGAAUCAAAAUAUUUUUUGCCUUAGCACCAGUUUUUUCCACAAAGUACUUAAAAAGUCCUUUAAUUAGAAUGACUUACAAAUGGAAGUCAAUAGUGAAGGUGUUUUCUGGCAACCAAGACUUCUUAUCUAAAACCUCAUUUAAACAUUUUGUUGGUUCAAAGCUGUGUCCACUACAGAUUUUUGAUAAGAUUUGCCUCAAUAUCCUGUUUAUGAUGUUUGGAUAUGACCAAAAAAACUUAAAUAUGAGUCGUUUGGAUGUAUACUUUUCACACAACCCAGCAGGAACAUCUGUUCAAAAUAUGCUCCAUUGGAGUCAGCUUUUAAAUUCUACUCAUUUGAAAGCUUAUGACUGGGGCAGUACUGAUCUGAACUUGCUUCAUUAUAAUCAGACAACAUCUCCAUUAUACAAUGUGACAAACAUGAAUGUAGCAACCGCAAUUUGGAAUGGCGAAAGGGACUUAUUGGCAGACCCCGAAGACGUUAAAAUUCUACAUUCUGAAAUCACAAACUGCAUUUAUCAUAAAACUAUUUCUUACUACAAUCAUAUAGACUUUUUGUUUGGAUUAGAUGUCUAUGAUAAAGUUUACCAUGAAAUCAUUGAUAUUAUCCAAGACAAUCUAUAAAGAACCACGGCACUGUGUGUUUAAAGAUCUGUAUCAUUCCUACUAAAAUCCAAUUCUUAUAUUUUU